GCCUUCUUUGGUAGCAACACCUUCCAGUUGUGCAACAUACAGAACGUCGCAGAUUUUUAUUCGUCGGGCUCGUAGCUUGUGCAAAAACGUGUUGCAACAAAGCCAAAAGCGCCUGAUCCCAAAGCAACCGGUGAAACAGCGAGCAAAAGGCAGCCGUUGACGAAGAGCACGUUCCAGCUUGAACGGUCACGCGACAAACGUUUGGGGGAAUGCUUCGUUGCUUAUGAUAGUGGUUGUACUGUGCAGGAACUGACGAAGUGUUGUGGGGGAGAAUACCCUGUGAUAGGAAAUAAAAAGCGGGAAAACUUGUGAUAACAACUUCUAAUUGAGCCUUCAGAAUGGGACACCGUAGGGAGCUGGUGCUGUGCGUGCUGAUAAACGCACUACUUGCCCAAUCGGCCGUCUAUACGCCGGGUAAUGCCCCCGUCUACAACCCGAAUGCCAACGGGGAUGUGCCAGCCAUCGUCCCCACGCAGGUCAACAAUCCCGGCUACCUCGUCACCCAGACCGUGUAUGGAUUUUUGGAUUUCACCACUACUAUUGGUAACACGGUGAUGAUUUUUUCACCGCAAAGUGCCGCUGCUGCAGUAACGGAACCCCCUAAGACGACACCGGCCCCUCCACCGGUAAUCGAGACGUCACCUCCGCCAACAACCACCACGCCAUCGGCACCGGUUGUCGAGGAGAUCAAGCCUAGCAAGACCGUAGUGUUGCCGGUGCAACCUAAGGAAAAAGUCAGUGUCGUUCAGGUCAUAGCCGAAACACCAAAACCUUUUGUCGUCAAACCAAACAUCCCAGUCAAGUUUGUCCCCAAAGUGGUGACUCCGAUCAAAGCCAAACCAAUAAGCAAACCGAAACCUAAAGUAUCGAUCGUUGAAGUUACUCCUGUGAAGGCCCAAUCAGAACCAGAAGAAGUGGCCGUGGAGAAGAAGAUCGAACCGAAAGUUCAGGUUGUAAAGCCGCAUGCUCCAAUCAUUAAGGUUGUGGCUACAAGAGUAGAAGUUACCACGGAAAAGAAAGUUGUCACGCCUGAACCCAAAGUGGAAAUUAUUCACGAGGAGGAAGAUAAUGAGGAAGAAGAAGAAGAUGUUCAUCAUGAUGAAGAAGAAUCUGAGCAGGUUGAAGAAGGACACGUUGAGGAACCUGUUGAAACAGAAACUGUCGAAGAGGAACCCGAAGGAGAAAUAGAAGACGAAGAUGAAGAAGAACAUAAAGAACACAAAGAGGAAGACCAACCUAAGGCAGUGUUGGUUGAAGUUCCCAAACCGAAAACUACCGAAGAACCAUCAAUUGAGGCUCAUCAGCACAAAGAACACUCACCGAUUGACUUCUCGAACAUCACAGAGGAGAACGAAACCGAUCGCGGUGAGGCACAGGAAGACGAAGAAGACGAAGACGAUGAACCAGCCCCAGUGCUGCAAAUCGGUAACAACAUUGCCCCCGAGCCAGAAUACGAUUUCCUUUCCCGGCAACCAUCCGAAUUCGUGGAAGAAACGUACCGAGUCAUAAACCUGAAACCGACCGCCACCUCGAGCGCCUCGACGGCAUCCACGGCUAGGGCCAAACCGAAACGAGGUAAUAAGAAACCCCGCCCGACGGGUCUGGUCACCAAACUCGGUGGAACUGUAAUCAAAGACGGGGCCACGACCGUCCACGAAACCAGCGUCAUCGGCACCUACAUUUCAGGAAAAUAUGCCCAAGUCCUACAAAGCACUUCUCAUGUAUUUCAAGGUAAUCCGGCCAACGUCAACGCCGCCGCCAAUGCCAAGCCAGCUCCGGGACCGAAGGUGCAGCCCACUCCAACGCUUCGCAUUCUGAAAACGGCGGCCCCUAACCCGAACAAAUCGCCCCGCUACAAUCCGGAACUGGCCUCGAUCAUCACGCCGUCGCACUCGUCGCAAGCGUUGCUAGAGGACACGGGUCUGCCGCUGGAGAAUCUGUUCGCCAACCAGCCAAGCUCCAGCUUGGUAAGGCCUUCGCGCCGCCUCAGCGGUCCCGGAGCCGGUCUCAAUGGUGGCGCAUUCAAGAACCGGCUAAAGAACCGGAUCGGCAAGGAGGACAGCAACAACGACCUGCAGGAGCGGUCCGACACGGUUGAGGAACCGGUCGGGCCACCGGCUGCCCCUUCGGCACAGCCAAGCUUUGGUAAUGGGAAGAAAACUAACCGCUACCGUAACACGCAAACGAUCAAGCCUAACAAUGUGGUCAAGAACACCCGCUUUAACCGAUUCUCCUCAUCUAGUGUGGAACUGGCGACGGUGUCCGUUUUUAGUGAACCCACCACCCCCGCCUACGCAAACAGGCGUAACAAAGCAUCUCGUAACAAUUUCAAGCCAAGCUCUACCAUAUCUAGCCCAGCCCAGUCGUCAUCACCGUCAUCGGCAUCCCAGCAGGACAACCGACGCUCGUUCAAGCCGAACCUGAAGCCUACGCCACCGGAAGCGGAAUUCGGCACCACCAGCACCAGUCUCUACAAGUUCAAGCUGAACCGCUCGCCCGGCCGCUGGCAGUACAAGAGCCCACCCAAGCCCACCGUCAAUAUCCGAAAGCAACCCGGUGGCGGAACCAAGAAGCCAAACGAUGCCGUGGAAAAUCUGACCACGGCUCCGAUCUCGGACACCUCCGUGCAGUACAACGACAUUUCGCAGAAUCCUGACCACUCGGAGAAGGUUGACACCGACGUGGAUCUGGAUCAGUCCGGAUCGGUCAAUGGAAACGUGCUGAACGAUGCCGAGAAUGACAACCAAAUCGAGCGACGAUACCCGGUCGAAACGAUUAAGGUGGAGAUUUCGACCCCGGUGGACUUCAAGGAUACCUACUACGAGAUUGCCACUAUCAAGUCGCCCUACACGUUCCAGGUUGGAACCGUGAAGAACACGAGAUACAUCACUGUUACUUCGACUUUCGAGAAGGUGUUGGAGCAGGAAACGGCCACCGUCACUCCUUCGCUGACAGAGCCGUUGACUGAGAACAUCUUGGCGACCACUACUCACAUCGAUAAGGAAAGCAACCUCCUGGACUCGAGUAUUGCUACACUGCCACCAAUUUCUUUGUCUGGAGACACGGAAACUCCACCUCUGGAAACGCUGACGGAAACCUUCAGCACUACACAAGUCAUGCUCAAAACUCACAUUCUUCCAGUAAUUCGCGACGGAACCGACACGUCGAGCUACACGCUGAUCCAAACCUAUCACGUGACUCGAUUGGUUACUGCCACGAAGACCCUGCCACCCAUGGAGAUCUAUCAAUUUGUGCCUUCCAAAACCCUAAACGAGUUCAACAGCCGCCUCGACGAAGCUGGAUCUGAACUGCACUUGGAAUUGGAGUUCGGCGAUGAGAACGACGAAGACGAUGACAAACCCAAACGAGAGCGACUUCCAUCCGACUUGGACCUGUCCAGCAUUGGAUCCGACUUUGACCUGUCCGAAGUCGACAAAACCAACAUCCCAGAAAACAUACGCCCCAAGAAGAAGAUCUCUACUCACAAGGAAGCCAACAAGGUCACGACUGAAGCCCCGGUUACAACCCCAUCGCUUACUCCCGAUCAAAUCCAGCAGCUCGCUCUCCUACGGUUACUGAACCCCGCCGCCGCUGCUCAGAUCCCUUCCGUCAUCACCUCCUCCAAACCGGUCGUCUCCGUCGAAACUGUCUUCGAGUCGCACGUUCUCCCAAUCAUCAACGGACAGAACACCAUCUUUAGUACCAUUUCUCGCCCGAUCGGUACGGUCACCAAGACCAACUACGAAGUCGUCAGCACCACUCUGCCCGCACUCCCAAUCCCACCGAUCCCUCAGCUGAACCCCUUCCAACCGCAACCGCAGGUCACCGUCCAGUCCACCCCUGUCGUCACCAACGUCAUCGUGACGGAAACCAACAGCAAGAUCCUCAAGCUGACUUUCGGCGCCAAGACGGCGUACACUACCCUCUACUCGACGACGGUCGUCCCCACGCAGCUGACCACCUACGUGACGCAGUCGGUUCCGGUGCAACCGACGGCGGCCGCUUUCCCCGGUUACUUCCCCGCACCGUACGCCCCCUUCCCGUACGUGGGUUAAAACUGCAGGAAACUGCGCUAUCCCUAUCUCUAUCUCUAUUCCACCCCAGCUCCACUAGUGCUAAUAAUUAAUUGUAGCUCAACUCUUCGCAAGUGAUAGCAAUCAAUUGUUUUUAAUGUGCCCCACUCGACACCCUUUCCCGCAAUAACCCGCAUGGGUAUGUGGAGCUUCCAGUUAAGCGGCAGUGUGGCAACUUUGGGUUUAUGGCUCUUUGUUGGGUUGCGUGACACCCCCGGCAGCAGCAACAGUAGCUGGAGGGAAAUCGGAACGGAGAAAUCCGAUGAGAAAAUGGAUAAUUUCGUUUACCUACCUUCGCAAGGUGGUCCCGAUCGAAUCGGACUUUCUUUGUUUGAGGACCUGGUGGGCGGGAUGGAGGAAAUUAUAGGUUUGAGUUAGGAUGGAUGAGGCGUAUGUCGAUGGUACGAGGGGUCGGUGCAAAGUAAGUGGGAUUGGUCAUAUGAAAAUAUUCCAAUUUUUUAAAAUAUCAAGAUGAACGAAUGUUUAUAGGAUACAUCGCCCAAAGGAAUACAUGUAUAAAAUACUUGCUAUGUGUAUUUUGUAAGAAAAUUCUGCUCGGAAGUCAAAUGAAUUUUUUUCGAAAGUCGAAUACUAUUCGGUUUGAAACCCCGGUUAGUUUGAAAGAAUUAUUUCCGGAAGUCAGGAGCUCAAAUAAUUAAAUCCAGAAGCCCAAAAUGACUCCGUUCGAAAGCCAUAAAGAAUUAUUUUUAGAAUCCCAAAACGAUUUAGUUUGGAAGCCCACACAAUUCUUUUCGGAAGGUCAAAAUAAAUUCAUUCAGAAAAUAAAAUAUUAGGUUCGAAUGCCCAAAGUAAUUAUUUUUGGAAGCACAAAAUGAUUCUGUACAAAAGCCUAGAAAAAAAACAACCGAAAGACAAAAAGGAUUCGGUGCAAAAGCCCAAAAAAAAUAUUUUGGAAUUUCAAAUCGAUUCCGUUCGGAAGUAUGGAAGAUUUUUUUCCGGAAGCUCAACAGGAUGGCGUCUAUUAAAAAGUCCAAAAAAAAUCGUUCAGAAACCCAAAAGAAUUCCAGUCGGAAGUUCAAAAGAAUUCUUUUCGGAAGCCUAAAAGGAUACAGUUUAAAAUCCUAAAAGAAGUCCAUUUGAAAGCUCAAAACCAUUUCGUUCAGAAGUCGAAAAUGAUUUCAUUAUGGAGACAAAAAUGAUCUAGACCGAUAGCACAAAAAAAAAUCUUCUCGGAAGCCAAAAAUAAUUCAGUUUAGAAAAAAAAUGUUUUGGUUUCGAAGCACAAAAUGAUUGCAUCCAGUAACCCAAAAGAGUUCCAUUCGGACGCCCAAAAGAAUAAGAUUUUGAAAGCAUAAAAACGGAGUCAGAUGCUCAAAUAAAAAUAUUUUCGGUAGGCUAAUUCGGAUUGGAGGCCCGAAAGUGUUCGGUUUAAAAGUCCAAAAAAAAAUUCAUUCAAAAACCAAAAAAAAAGUGAAAAAAAAUAGUUCCAUACGGAAGCUCAAAAGAAUUCUUUUCGAAGCUGAAAAUGAUUUCA